UCGGGCUGCGGCGAGUGCUCCGACUGCGUGAACCGCGACCUCUACGUCGAGUGCGCGCUGGACUGCUGCGGCGGCGGCGAGCCCCUGGACGCGGAGCCGGAGACGUGCGUCGAGUGCGCGCCCGCGCGCGCGGCGCGCGCGUCGACGCGGCAGCGGCGGACCGACGGCCGCCGCAAGCCCUGCGGCAACACGGUCAUCCAGCGGCGCGCCUUCCCGCCCAUGGAGAUCUUCGACACGGGCGACGACAACCGGGGCUUCGGCCUGCGGUGCCGCGUCGACGUGAAGGCCGGGACGAUGCUCGGCGAGUACCGGGGCGAGGUCAUCGACGCCGCGGAGCUCCAGCGCCGCAAGGAGACGCGGGACGCCGCGGACCCCUUCUACAUCGCGGCCCUCGGCGACGGCCUGGCCAUCGACGCGGGCCGCAAGGGCGCCUACGCGCGCUUCGCGAACCACUCGUGCGCGCCGAACUGCGCGUUGGAGAAGUGGCGCGUCGGCGAGGAGCCGCGGCUCGUGCUCGUCGCCCGCGGCGCCAUCCCGGCGAACACGGAGCUCACCUACGACUACAACGCCGGCGGCGGCGUCGCCGACGUGACCGUGGCGCAGCAGUGCCGCUGCGGCGCGCCGAACUGCGCGGGCGCGAUCGGCGCC